AGUCAACAGCAAUCAAGCUUCAGUCACUCAGCCUCGGCGGCCAUGGAACCCAGGGUGGCGGAGCUAAGUGGCUUGACAGCGCUAGCUGGUUUAGGUCUAAUAUGUGUAUAUGUGAAAUGCAUUAAUCCAAGUCGCGUCCUGCUUGGAAUCGUGUCAGCCUUGCGGGGGGAUAGUAACAUCUCAGCCUUCCAGGCGCUCGCGUGACUAGCGGCGUAUAUGGACGUUAGUCGCGAUAAGACGAGACUCCCAAUCUAUCCCUGUUAUCGACUCUUCUCGCAGCAGUCUAUGCUGGAAAUUUACUCCUUCGAGGCCGAUAAUGGGCUCAAAAUCUAAGGGUUAUCGUCACACGGCUCGCGUACUCGGCUCCAAACAGCAGGUCCGUAGAGGAACGCCGCCGCUUCCUGAGGACCCCUCUUCUCCUCGAUGGUCUCCAGAGAAACUGGAGCAGCCGUAUCAUGAGUCAGUCAAGAUCGGGGACGACGAAAGCACUGCCGUGGAGACAUCCGAAGAAGACGAAAGCAGGGAAGACUACGAUAUCUUCGAGUCAUCCGACGAGGACCGAAGCACGGUCGUGGAAAUAUCAGAGGAAGAUGAAAGCAGACAAGACUACAACGUCUUAGGGGUAUCCGAGGAUGGCCAACGAGCGGAGGGCAAUUUACGGGCGUGGUUACGAUCGUUCCGCUCGUUCGAUGAGCACUUGUACUCGCGAGAUGAUGGCUGGAGCGAGUCGACCGCGUCGAGUGUCGGGGCGACCGGGCACAUUGCAACGCAUGACAAUGUCGCCACGAUUAUGGCCUGGCUGAGUUCGAUCGACCAUAAUUGGCAUCGAGAAGGGACCUUCCGUGAUCAAUGCCCAGGAACAGGGCAAUGGAUUUUGUCGUCAAAUGGGGUCCAGAACUGGUUGAACAGCGAAAAGCAGACUCUUUUUUGCCCUGGCAUCCCCGGCGCCGGCAAGACAAUGGCUGCAUCGCUUAUUAUUGACCAUCUACAGAAUCAUUUUGCAAAAGGGAAUGUAGGCAUUGCAUAUCUAUAUGGUCGGUUCUAUGAUCAUACAUAUAAUAUUCACGAUAUCCUCCGGAGCCUGUUGAAACAACUGGCGCUGUGUCGACCAACUGUUCCCGACGCAGUUCGAUCGAUUUACCGAUACCAGAAACGCCGUGGAGCCGGUCCACGUCUAGAGAAGAUAUUCAAGGCCUUGGAUAGUGUGAUGGGUUUAUUUUCGAGGGUGUUUAUCGUCGCAGAUGCGCUCGAUGAACUGCCGCUCUCGGAACAAGAGCUGGAGCUUGUCCUGUCCGAGAUAACUGUCUGGCGGUCUCGAUAUAACGUGAAUCUACUCGCCACCUCGCGUCCAGUCCCCUCCAUCAAACGAUAUUUCUACGAUGCACCAACGCUCGAGAUCCGCGCCGAUCAAGGGGAUGUCAAGACAUAUCUGAGGUGGAGACUGAAAGCAUUCCCCUUGCGUGUCAAACCACUACUUCAACAGAAAAUCAUCAGUGACAUUAGCAGUGCGGCGUGUGGAAUGUUCUCUUUCGCCGUGCGCUCGAUGGACACACUGGCCGAGUGUCGAUCUACUAGAGCUAUCCCGGCCCUCCUGGAGACACUCCCCAUGUCGAUUACCAUGGACAGAUUUUACAGAGACAUUUUGCAUCAAAUAGUGCACAAGACGGUGAAAGGAAAGCCAUCUGGCAAGCUGGUUCUGUUGCUUUUGAUCUGGUCGCAACGGCCUCUGACAUUGACGGAAAUCCAGCAUGCCGUGGCCAUGGACACCGUGGGUCCCAGAUGCGACCCCGCCUUAGAUUCAGACAGCUUGCCUGAAGUUGACGACAUGCUCUCGGCCUGUCUCGGGCUUCUCACGACCGAUCCGAAACGACGCAUAUUUGAUUUCACCCACCACACAGCGGCAGAAUACUUCAAACGAAAGUGUACGCGUAACGCUUCCUACGCCCACUUCAGGAUUGCUAGACUCUGUAUCAACUAUCUCUCACUCCAGGAAUUUGCGGCGGGAGUUUGCGGCACGGACGAGGAGUAUGAGCGGCGUCUAGCUCGAUAUCCAUUCUACAAAUACUCCGCCAAGAAUUGGGGGUUCCAUGCACGGCACAGAUAUUUUGGGGAACCGCCAGGUCUUAACUUACUGGUAGAUGUUGCUAGGGUAUCUGUGUGCUUGCAAGGCAUUUUUGCAGAGCCAGGCACGGUGGGAUAUAGCCAACGUUAUCCUACAGCCACUGGCAUGCAUCUCGCGGCACAUUUCGGGCUGGAUCACCUGUACAGUGACCUCAUCGUCGAGGGGCAGCAAAUCCAAGCCAAAGACAGCAAUGGGCACGCUCCAUUGUGGUGGGCACUAGAGCAGAGACAGCAUCGGAUGGUGAAAGUACUGAAAGAUAAGGACAACAUCACGCUCCGACAGCUGAUCAAGGUCGGCAGGAGAGAUCUGAUCAGGAGACUGCUCGAUGCGGGAUACGGCGCCAAUUCUCUAGACUUCUUUCGACGGACACCACUGCACAGCGCCAUCUCCUCGGGCGCCCAGGACCUGUUGAUAGAUUUUGUGGAAGCCGGCGCAGAUGUCAACAUCCGGGACGGAGAUGGCGCGACCCCGCUACGUCUUGCCGUCCAGCUCUACCGACACCACCUCAUCGACAUUCUUCUGCGGUACGGCGCGUCGCCGGAAGAUGUUAGCUUGUCCGAGUGGCGGAGGUUGUACCGGCGUAAGCGAUCUGAUAUUGCAGUGUUGACCGCCAAAGACAACAAUGGACUGUCUCUUCGAUUCACCACUUCCAAGGAGGACUUUGCGGUGGGGGCCCGCGGCAACGGCCACAAAAGUCACUACAUACUUCACGGGAGUUGCAUACCGUGGUAUAGCAUCUUCACCAUCCCAAAAGUCAGUCCGGCCCAGUUCGAGCUGGCCAUCCAUAUAUCAAGGCACGAAGACGAAACCGAAUUUCAAUAUGCGCUUUUUUCUUAUAUGCCCAAUCGACACAAGCCGGCGGACUCCAAUGAGAGCCACGACCAAGUUGGCAUAGCCUGGAAAGUAAGAUGGCAGACGGAUGAAGAGAGCGCCGAGUACUGGCAGUCAACAGACUACUACAGCACACUGCCGUACGUCUGGAUGCCUGUCGGUGGUAUCGACCUGUUACUUCACUUCCUGCGCUACCUCAACCAAAAAUGGGUUGAGCUGACCGAGUCGGAGAAGAAGUCACUGGAGACUUUUCGGCGGAACGUCUUCCGCGGCAAGGGCAAAUCCCGCGAUAUACUUGACGAGCUCCUCCAAGACACUGAUAUGUGCAACUACCUUAGAACCACCCUACAGGACCAUGUGCUCAAAGUUAAAGAAUUUGGAAAUGAAUACUGCCGACGGCACGAAGGCGACGAUGCCAUGAAGCAGGUGCACGAAGCGACAGACUGCUUGUUCGGGGAUGUUAGCCAGCGGAUCGAUUCGUUGGAUAAAGCAUGUCAGGAUCUUAUCCAGAUCGAGUUCAACCUUGUUUCGAUCAACGAAGCCCGACUGUCGACAUCUACAACCAUGAGUAUGAAACGGCUGAGUUGGAUUACAUUUAUCUUCCUCCCCGCUACGUUCACAUCGACCGUCUUCGGCAUGAACAUUAACCUCCUAGAAGACAACCCCAGCUGGUGGUGGUAUCUUCCAUUUCUGGGGGGUGUUAUGAUGCUGACCCUUGUCGGAUGGCUGCUGUUCAAACACAACCCCAAUGCCGAGCUCAGUGUCGAUCGGAGGAUAGAGGCGGUAUUUGGACAGGGUCGGUUGAAGAAGAGAAACCAAGGGGAAGUGUGAGUUAUAUAUUUUGCACAACAAGGCUAUCUCUAUAUUUAUAUACAUAUGUACCCG